CUACUUCUAUCUCACAUAUAAUUGAACCAAUGAGUUCGAGAAUUAUUAAUCCAAUUAUCCCAAGUUUGUGUAAACGUCUGUUUCUUUUUAUUUUCUUACUAUUCCUUGCACCUGUUUUAGAUUUACCAAUUAAAUUUUUACUCGAUUCAUGUACUUUAGUCACUCCUUUUCCUUUAAAAAGUCUGAAUAUUGUUUGUAUUAUUUUCCAAAUAGAAUGUGUCAACCAUCCGAAUAUAACAAAUAAUUUACACAAAAACAUUAAUAAUCCAACUGAAAUACUCAAAAUAAUUCCAGUAAAUGUACCAACUAAUAUUAAAGUUUCAAAAGAUUCACAUUGA